GCUUUCCCACACCAAACAGGAUAUCCUCUGUCUGUCUGUCUCUCUCUCCAUCGCAAGCAAAGAAGGGAGACAAAAUUAAGAGGGGGAGGAAGAGGAGCGGAAGAACAGCGGCUUCGGUUUUGGCUCUCGUUCUUUUCUUGUGAUCAUCAUUCAUAAGGAUUUUGCCUUGGUUGGAAAAGGAGGCGCAGGCCGGCGGAGAGAGGGGGAGAGAGGUGGAGAUGGAACCGAGCGAGGUGCACAGGAUCGCGAGCUUGCGAAGGAAUAGUUCGAUAUGGAAGAGGGAUGAUAACAUCUUCUCGCGGUCGUCGCGAGACGAAGACGACGAGGAGGCCCUCAAGUGGGCCGCCCUCGAGAAGCUGCCCACCUUCGACCGCGUGCGCCGUGGCAUCCUGACGCUGGCCGAGGAUGGCAAGCAGCUGCAAGAGGUCGACGUCCAGCGGCUCGGCUUCCAGGAGAGGAAGACCCUCAUGGAGCGCCUCGUUCGGGUCGCCGAGGAGGACAACGAGCGUUUCUUGCUCAAGCUCAAGGACCGUAUCGACCGAGUUGGGAUUGAUCUUCCCACCAUCGAAGUGCGGUAUGAGCACCUAAGCAUCGAAGCAGAGACACACGUGGGCAACAGAGGAUUGCCUACCGUCUUCAAUUCCGUCGCUAACGUACUGGAGACCGCCGCAAAUUACUUGCAUAUACUACCGAGUAGAAAGAAACCUUUAUCGAUCCUUCAUGACGUCAAUGGAAUCAUCAAACCUCGCAGGAUGACUUUGCUCUUAGGUCCUCCGGGAUCAGGAAAAACUACACUGUUGUUGGCUUUGGCUGGAAAGCUCAGCUCUGAUUUGAAGACCUCCGGAAAAGUGACCUACAACGGUCAUGAAAUGAAAGAAUUCGUCCCUCAGAGAACCGCUGCAUACAUCAGCCAGUAUGAUCUUCAUAUAGGGGAGAUGACAGUCCGUGAAACAUUAGCCUUCUCUGCGAGGUGCCAAGGAGUUGGCACUCGUUAUGAUAUGUUAACUGAGUUAGCUAGGAGAGAGAAGGCAGCAAACAUCAAGCCAGAUCCAGACGUAGAUGUCUUCAUGAAGGCAUCUGCAAUGAAAGGACAAGAAACCAAUGUGACCACAGACUACAUACUGAAGAUCCUGGGUUUGGAGGUCUGUGCUGACACGAUGGUAGGAGAUGAGAUGCUGAGAGGCAUCUCUGGUGGACAAAGGAAGCGUGUCACCACAGGUGAAAUGCUUGUUGGACCUGCAAGAGCUCUGUUCAUGGAUGAGAUAUCGACUGGUCUGGAUAGCUCAACGACUUUCCAGAUAGUGAACUCGCUCAGGCAAACCAUCCACAUUCUUGGAGGGACUGCUGUUAUCUCCCUGCUGCAGCCAGCACCGGAGACGUAUGACCUUUUCGACGACAUCAUUCUUCUCUCCGAUGGCCUGAUCGUGUAUCAAGGCCCUCGUGAAAAUGUCGUCGAGUUCUUCGAGUCCAUGGGCUUCAAGUGCCCAGAGAGGAAGGGUGUCGCGGACUUCCUGCAAGAAGUAACGUCGAGGAAGGAUCAACAACAGUACUGGUCACGCCAGGAUGAACCUUACAGAUACGUGCCCGUUAGAGAAUUUGCCGAGGCAUUCCAACAAUUCCAUAUUGGUCGGGCUUUAGCCGAAGAACUUUCUGUCCCGUUUGAUAAGAGCAAGAGCCAUCCUGCUGCUCUUACCACCACGAGAUAUGGGGUGAGCAAGACGGAGGUGUUAAAAGCAAACAUGGCCAGAGAACUAUUGCUGAUGAAGAGGAACUCGUUCGUCUACAUCUUCAAGGCCGUUCAACUUGUCAUCAUGGCGGUCAUUGCGAUGACGGUGUUUCUGCGUACUAAGAUGCACCGGAACGAUAUAGAUGACGGGAUGAUCUAUAAUGGCGCGCUUUUCUAUGGGAUAGUGACGAUCAUGUUCAACGGGUUCUCUGAACUUGCCAUGACCAUUAUGAAGCUACCUGUUUUCUUCAAGCAGAGAGAUCUCCUUUUCUAUCCUGCAUGGUCAUACACGAUACCCGGAUGGAUCCUUAAGAUCCCCAUUGCAUUUGCUGAAGUUGCAGUGUGGGUUUUCACAACCUACUACGUCAUUGGAUUCGAUCCAAAUGUUGGAAGGCUGUUCAAGCAAUACCUGCUGCUGCUGGUGACGAACCAGAUGGCAUCUGGACUCUUCCGCACCAUCGGGGCCGUCGGGAGGAACAUGAUAGUGGCAAAUACCUUCGGGGCUUUUGCUCUUCUCAUUCUUCUGGUGCUUGGUGGCUUCAUUCUUUCACGAGAGAAAGUAAAGAAAUGGUGGAUUUGGGGCUACUGGAUCUCGCCGUUGAUGUACUCCCAGAACGCAGUCUCAGUGAAUGAAUUCUUGGGGCACAGCUGGAGUCAUAUUACUUCGAAUUCGAAUUCAACAGAGUCGCUGGGAGUCGCAAUUCUGGAGUCCCGUGGUGUCUUUCCCGAAGCCAGAUGGUAUUGGAUUGGCUUUGGGGCUACGGUCGGCUACGUACUUCUCUUCAAUGCUCUUUUCACUUUGGCUCUCACUUACCUCGAUCCUUUUGGGAAAUCUCAGCCACCUCUAUCUGAAGAGACCUUAAAGGAGAAACACGCCAAUCUAACCGGAGAAGUGUUGGAGAACUCGUCCAGAGGAAGAAGAUCCGUGCGUCACUCUGCAUCCAAGAAGAGCGCGAGUGGGAUAGGGAGGAAGAGCAGCUCAUUGGGUUCCAUGAGGGAGGCCUUCGAACAGAACAAGAAGGGAAUGGUCCUUCCGUUUACUCCACUGUCCAUCACCUUCGACGACGUGAGGUACUCUGUGGACAUGCCGCAGGAAAUGAAAGCUCAAGGUGUGGCAGAAGACCGGUUGGAGCUGCUGAAGGGCGUCAGUGGAUCUUUCAGGCCGGGAGUGCUUACAGCUCUAAUGGGGGUGAGUGGAGCUGGCAAAACGACGCUGAUGGAUGUGCUGGCUGGGAGAAAGACAGGGGGAUACAUUGAAGGAGACAUCAGCAUAUCUGGCUACCCCAAGAGGCAGGAGACCUUUGCUCGCAUCUCGGGAUACUGCGAACAGAACGACAUCCACUCCCCUCAUGUCACGGUUCACGAGUCUCUCGCCUACUCGGCGUGGCUCCGGUUACCUUCUGAGGUCGAUUCUGAAACGAGGAAGAUGUUCGUGGAGGAAGUCAUGGAGCUGGUAGAGCUGACGCCGCUGAGGGAUGCACUCGUCGGGUUGCCGGGAGUAGAUGGGUUAUCGACCGAGCAACGGAAGAGGCUGACCAUCGCUGUGGAGCUGGUCGCCAACCCAUCCAUCAUAUUCAUGGAUGAACCCACCUCUGGGCUCGACGCAAGGGCCGCCGCCAUUGUCAUGAGAGCCGUGAGGAACACAGUGGACACCGGAAGGACUGUGGUGUGUACCAUUCACCAACCCAGCAUCGACAUAUUUGAAGCUUUCGAUGAGCUCUUCUUAUUAAAGCGUGGCGGGGAAGAGAUAUAUGUGGGCCCGCUCGGUCGUGAUUCUUCCCAUCUGAUUAGCUAUUUUGAGGGAAUCAAUGGUAUCAGUAAGAUCAAAGAUGGUUACAACCCCGCGACAUGGAUGCUGGAAGUGACUUCGCAGUCACAAGAAAAUAUACUGGGCGUCAAUUUCAAUGAGACAUACAGGAAUUCGGAGCUGUAUCGGAGGAACAAGAGCUUGAUAAAGGAUCUCAGCAUUCCUCCUGCUGGUUCGAGCGACCUCUACUUCCCCACCCAGUACUCGCAGUCAUUUCCCGUACAAUGCAUGGCGUGCCUGUGGAAGCAGCACUUGUCGUACUGGAGGAAUCCGCCGUACACCGCCGUGAGGUUCUUCUUCACCACCGUCGUAGCUCUUCUGUUCGGCACCAUAUUCUGGGACCUGGGCCGCAAAACGUCCACUCAGCAAGAUCUGUUCAAUGCGAUAGGUUCGAUGUAUGCCGCGGUCCUGUUCAUGGGGAUACAGAACUGUUCAUCGGUUCAGCCGGUGGUGGCAGUCGAACGAACAGUCUUUUACAGGGAGAAAGCGGCUGGAAUGUACUCCGCUUUGCCUUACGCGUUCGGACAAGUGGCGAUUGAGCUUCCAUACAUUCUGAUUCAGUCCGCCCUAUAUGGUGUGAUCGUCUACGCGAUGAUUGGAUUCGAGUGGACUGUUGCAAAGUUCUUUUGGUACUUGUUCUUCAUGUACUUCACUCUCCUCUACUUCACAUUCUACGGGAUGAUGGCGGUGGGUAUCACUCCCAAUCACAGCAUCGCCUCCAUCGUUUCCGCUUUCUUCUACGCAAUAUGGAACCUUUUCUGUGGAUUCAUUAUUCCGCGGCCGAAAAUCCCGGUGUGGUGGAGAUGGUAUUACUGGGCGUGUCCCGUAGCUUGGACCUUGUAUGGUCUAGCCGCCUCACAGUUCGGUGAUAUAGAGACUGUCAUGACUGACAAGAAUCUGCCGGUGUCGGAGUUCUUGAGGAGUUAUUUUGGAUUCAAACAUAGCUUCUUGGGGGUGGUGGCUGCGGUGGUGGUGGCGUUUCCUUUGAUGUUUGCUUUCCUCUUUGCAUUUUCCAUCAAGAUGCUCAACUUCCAGAAGAGAUGAAGAUGGGAUUGCCUGCCUGCCUGCCUGCCUGCCAAGGAUAUACAAAGAUAUGAGAGAUGUCCUUCCAACCGAACCAUAUACAUAUAUAAUUGACCUUUGUAAUUUUGGGAUAUUUAUUAUUGUAUUAUGAAUGAAUUGAUUGCCAUCGAUGAACACCAAUGUAACCGAGAAAUAAAUGAUUUCAAUACUUUUCAAGGCCUUGGCAAUCAAGCAUCAGAAAGCAAUGUUCAUCCAAAAUGCUAACACGAGAAGAAAAUUUCUGGCUGGAUAAUAACGCAGGUCUGCUUAUUCUCACACACCAACAACAAACCCAAAAACAUCUGCCCACAGACAACAAUUAUCUUAUUCCUACUCUCCUGGAUGCUACUCAAAACAUAUGUAAACUGCUUCUGUACAUGAUCGCAUCGUUUGGAGAUGUUGUGGAUCCCAAUUCACCUCGCAGUGAUGCAACCUGUGGGUGUUCUUGGAGCUGUUAGAACCAUAACAGACCAAAAAAAAAAAA